AUGCAGGAGUGUAGCCCCAGUCAGGACCAGGAGGACCCAGAACCUCCACACAUUAAAGAGGAGCAGGAGGAACUGCAGGUCAAUCAGGAGGCUGAUAUCAUAAAGUUCUCAUCCACUCCUGUCCCUGUGAAGAGUGAAGAUGAUGAUGAGGUAACUCAGGCCUCACAACUUCAUCAAAGACAAACUGAGGAGAACGGAGAGUACUGUGGAGGAUCAGAACCAGCCAACAGCUUCCAUCCACAUGGACAUUUAAAAACACAGACUGAAGACUCUUCUGAAUGUGACACUGAUGACAGUGACUUUUGGGAAAAGACCAACCAACAGCUGUCAGAUUUUAAGACAAAAAAAGUCUCCCAAUGUCAUAGAACUGCUAACACAGACAAACAAAGACUAAAGUUAAGAAAUCGUACAGGAAAGAAACAGUUCAGCUGCUCAUUAGAGUCUAAACAAUGUCCACAAAGGCAACAUUUGGAGCUUCACACUGGGAUAAAAACCAAGAAGAAGCAGAAGAAUGUACAAGUUAAAGAGGAACCACAGCAUAAUUGGAUCAUUCAAGGUCCUGAGAAUGCUGAUAUGAAAUUUCCAUCUGACCCUGUUACCAUGAAGAGGGAAAAGGAUGAAGAGGAAGUUUACUCCUCAACACAUCAUCAAAGACAAACUGAGGAGAACAGAGCCAACUGUGGAGGAGUAGAACCAGUUAAGAACCUGGCUCCAGGUCAACAAGAUGCUAUUAAUGCAAAGAACUUAGCGUCUUCUAAAACUGACAACAGUACUGACGCUGACUCUUCUGAUGAGGAGAACACAACACAGGUUACCAACUCCACCAAGGAUGUCAUGAGAACUCAUAACUCGGAACAUAAAAUUAAACAUCUCUGGCCUGAAUGUGAUAAAAUAUUUUACGGGAAGUCAGCAUUGAAUGAGCAAAUGCAAGUCCAUACAGGAGAGAGGCCAUUCAGCUGUUCAGUAUGUCAAAAAAGAUAUAGUAACUCAUCAUAUUUAUGGUCUCACAUGCAAGUCCAUGAGGAACAGAAACCGUAUGCUUGCUCAGAAUGUGAUAAAAGAUUUUGUAAGUCAUCAUAUUUAUUGUCUCACAUGAAAGUCCAUGAGGGACAGAAACCAUAUGCUUGCUCAGAAUGUGAUAAAAGAUUUAGUAAAUCAUCAUAUUUAUGGUCUCACAUGAGAAUCCAUGCAGGAGAGAAACCAUUUGCUUGCUCAGAAUGUGGUAAAAAAUUUGUCCGAAAAGAACACUUAGUAGAGCAUGUGAAAAUCCACACUGGAGAGAGACCUUUCAGCUGUUCAGUUUGUCAGAAAACCUUCAAACUGAAGUCUGAUGUUAAGAGACAUAUGGUAGGUCACACAGGAGAGAAGCACUUUGCUUGUUCAGUGUGUCAUAAACGAUUCACUCGGAGGGGACACUUAACUAUUCACAUGAACUUGCACACAGGAGAAAAACCUUUCAGCUGUUCAGUUUGUCAGAAAAUGUUUCUAAAUAAAAGUUCCAUGAGCUCGCACAUGGCUUCACAUGCUGAACAAAAAAUGGUUUGUCCAGUAUGCGGUGUAAAAUUGACCCAUAAGUCAUCUGUGCGUCGGCACAUGGGUCGUUAUCAUCCUUCUUUUGGAGGUGAGACAGCAGGACUCAGUAAUGUAAUGAAAAAUGGUUUCCAGUAGGUAACGCUGGAUGUGAAAUGAUCCCACAUUACACUCCUGUAUAUUGUAGAUUGUUGAAGUUCAUAUCACUUUAUCAGUUACUAUCACAAUGUGACAAAUCAAGUUUUUAUUUUAUUUUUUUUAAGUUCAAGAGCUGUUUUUGGUUUUAAGUGAAAGUAACCAGAUGAUUAUUUGUAAAAGAGUAACAAGAUGAAAACUGUCUUUAAAGAUGUAUCAAAAUGAAAAAGACAUUACUAGGGUUUUUAUAUUGCAUAAUGAUUUAGUUUUGUAAUUAUAUGAGAUAAGUUGUCACACACGUGUCUCCAUUCACCUGAAUAAAAACAGCGAGUGAAACUAACAUAAUUGACACAUUUUAUUGUUAUUUCCACAUUUUUAACAGUUCUCCACUGCUCUGAGUUUACUUAAAUGGUUUAUUUAG